AUGGCUCAUCGUGUAGUCGGUUGCUCGGAGUCAGCUCUACAGCAGCUGAGCGCGGUCGACCUCAACGCCUUUCUCAGCACGGGCUUCCGCGCUGCUGACCCAACGUUGCAGGACCACUGCGUGGCAGUGAUGCGUGGGCUUGGUGCGGCAGAUGCCCAAUUCAUGCAGGAUGUUUUCUUGUGGCGCAAUUUUUUCGCGCACAUGACACUGCGUGGCGAAAAGGGGUUCUACGUCGACAGCGGAGCCAAUGAGCCACGCAACAUCUCCAACACGUUCUUUUUCGACCGCUGUCUUGGAUGGCCAGGUCUGUGCGUUGAACCGAAUGAGGAAUAUCACGCCGCAAUCGCCACACAGCGCUCGUGCACACUCAUCAAAGAGUGCAUCACAGCCAAGCCAAGCAGGCUCCACAUGCAACUAAAGGCUGGGCUGUCGAAGGUCACACGCAACAAAAGGGCGAAACCAGUACAUUGCAACCCGCUUGAGAGCAUGCUCCACCGCGCACCCGGGUGGACGGGACAGGUUUCGCUUUGGAGCUUGGACGUUGAGGGUCACGAGAUGGUUGUGCUGAAUGGCACACGCUUUGACAUCACACCGACGGACGUUCUGCUGGUGGAGGACAACAAUAUCGCGUCCCGGCCCCUCGACCGACUGAUGGCGCAGAAGGGCUUUCUCAAGGCGGCGCAACUGCCUAUUGACUCUGUCUACGUCGCACGGCGGCGCGACGUCUGCUGGCCGGAGUCCUACUGGGAAAUUCCAGAAGAGGCAAUCCGAUGGGAGAAGCAGAGCAGACAUGACGCCAAAAAGAAGUACUUUUGGUGA